AUGUGGUGGUUUCAGCAAGGUCUCAGUUUCCUCCCAUCAGCCCUUGUAAUCUGGACUGCCGCUGCUUUCAUCUUUUCAUACAUUACUGCAAUAACACUCCAUCAUGUUGACCCUGCUUUGCCUUAUAUUAGUGACACUGGUACAAUAGCUCCAGAAAGAUGCUUAUUUGGGGCAAUGUUAAAUGUCUCCACAGUUUUAUGCAUGGCUACCAUUUAUGUUCGUUAUAAGCAAGUUCAUGCUCUGAAUCCAGAAGAGAAUCGUAUCAUCAGAUUAAACAAGGCUGGCUUUAUAGUUGGAUUACUGAGUUGCUUAGGACUUUCUAUUGUGGCAAAUUUCCAGAAAACAACCCUUUUUGCUGCACAUGUUAGUGGAGCUAUACUAAUCUUUGGUCUGGGCUCAUUAUAUAUGUUUGUUCAGACUAUCCUUUCCUACCAAAUGCAGCCAAGAAUUCAUGGCAAACAAAUAUUCUGGAUCAGACUACUGCUGGUUAUCUGGAGUACAGUAAGUGCAUUUAGCAUGCUAACUUGCUCAUCACUUUUGUAUAGUGGUAAUUUUGGCACCGAUAUAGUACAGAAACUCCAUUGGAACCCUGAGGACAAAGGUUAUGUGCUUCAUACGAUCACUACUGCAGCAGAAUGGUCCAUGUCAUUUUCCUUCUUUGGCUUUUUCCUGACUUAUAUUCGAGAUUUUCAGAAAAUUUCUUUACGAGUGGAAGCCAAUUUGCAAGGAUUAACUCUGUAUGACACUGCUCCUUGCUCAGUUAACAGUGAAAGAACACGACUGCUUUCCUGAGACUUACAAUGA